CACGCACCCUCCUCUUUCCUCCUCCGCCUCUCCUCGCCGAUAGAGAGGGAGAUACAGGUGCCCAGCUCACCAAAAGCUUUGGUUCCAUCCGCUCUCGUGCGCCCCACCUCGCGGAUUCGCCCCAGGCUCGGCUGUCGAUUUUCAUUCGGAGCAGCGGAGCAAGCAUGACGACAGACCAGCCGGUGAUCAGCCUGCGCCCGGGCGGCGGUGGCAUCGGCCUGCGCGCACCCCGCCUCUUCCCCACCGCAUUCGCCGCCGCCACCGGAGCUGGAGACUUCCUCCGGCCGCACGGCGGCUCCUCGACCGGCUUUGCCGCCAAGCUUGGAGAUUCAUGUUUUGAGCCUCUUGAGCGGGUUCGCUACACAAGAGAUCAACUCCUUGAAAUGCGUGAGAUUGUUGAUAUAGCUAAGGAAAUCUUGAAACUUCAGCAAGAUAUUAAUGUAUUACUCCUUGGAGAGGAACGUGAGGAUCAAAAUUGGGCUCGCAAUGACUCAAAUGUACAAACUCAGUCACAAAACCGCUAUACUGAGAAAGACACUCGCGACUGGCGUUCACGUUCUGAAACUUUGCCGGUUGUUGGUGAAGAGAAGUCUUGGGAUAAAAUCCGUGAAGCUAAAGAAUCUCGUGUUUCAAGUGGAAAGCAAGAGCAGUUUGCCGCUAAAGCUCAGACUCGUCCCACCCCUGCUCUUGUUAAGGCUGAAGUCCCAUGGUCAGUCCGGAGAGGAAAUCUCUCUGAAAAAGAGAGAGUUCUGAAAACCGUGAAAGGAAUACUGAACAAGUUGACGCCAGAGAAGUUUGACCUUUUGAAGGGCCAAUUGAUAGAAGCAGGAAUUACUACAGCUGAUAUUUUGAAGGAUGUUAUUACUCUUAUAUUUGAGAAGGCUGUAUUUGAGCCCACAUUCUGUCAGAUGUAUGCUCAGCUGUGCUCUGAACUCAAUGAAAGCCUCCCUUCCUUCCCUCCUGAGGAGCCUGGUGAUAGGGAGAUUACAUUCAAACGUGUACUGUUGAACAAUUGUCAAGAAGCAUUUGAAGGUGCUGGCAAUCUACGGGACGAGGUAGAGAAAUUGACCGGUCCAGACCAAGAGAUGGAGAGACGUGAUAAAGAAAGGCUUGUGAAGCUUCGAACACUUGGAAAUAUUCGCCUUAUUGGUGAGCUACUGAAGCAAAAAAUGGUGACAGAGAAGAUAGUACAUCACAUUGUUCAGGAGCUGCUGGGUUCUGAUAGCAACUCAUGCCCUGCUGAGGAAAAUGUUGAGGCCAUUUGCCAGUUCUUCAAUACAAUUGGUAAACAGUUGGAUGAGAACCCAAAGUCUCGUAGAUUUAAUGAUGUCUACUUCAAUCGCCUGAAGGAGCUGACAAGUAAUACUCAGUUGGCAGUACGUUUGAGGUUCAUGGUGCGUGAUGUCCUUGAUCUCCGUUCAAACAACUGGGUGCCUCGACGUGAGGAGAUUAAGGCCAAGAAAAUCAGUGAGAUUCAUACAGAGGCAGAAAUGAAACUUGGAUUGCGACCCGGGUCGACCGCAAACAUAAGGAACGGACGCACUGGUACUGGAGGAUCGCUCUCACCUGGAGCUUUUCCAAUGAAUGGACCUGGAACUGGUGGCAUGAUGCCUGGCAUGCCUGGAACAAGAAAGAUGCCCGGAAUGCCUGGGUUAGAUAAUGAUAACUGGGAAGUUCCACGUUCUAAAUCCAGAGCUGACCCACUGCGCAGCCAUACCCAGCUGGUGAAUAAGCCAUCGGUUGUCAAUUCUAGACUACUUCCUCAAGGCAGCGGAGCACUAGUAAGUGGCAAGACAAGUGCGCUAUUGGGCAGUGGGGGUCCAAUAUCCCGUCCUUCAAGUUUUUCUCCUGGACUUGCUGUUGCACCAGCUCCAGCUGCUGCUCCUGUAGUUGAGAAGCCAGCUGCUGCUCCCAAGCCAAACUUACCAAGUCUUCAAAAGAAGGCUGUCUCUCUUCUUGAGGAGUAUUUCCAUGUCUGUAUUCUAGAUGAAGCACAACAGUGCAUUGAGGAGCUCAAGAGUCCUGAUUACUACCCAGAAGUUGUUAAAGAAGCCAUCAAUCUUGCUCUUGACAAAGGUGCCAAUUCCAUCGAUCCUCUUGUGAAGCUACUGGAACACCUUCACAGCAAGAAUAUUUUCAAGACGGUAGACUUGGAAACUGGAUGCUUGCUUUACGGUUCCCUUCUGGACGAUCUUGCUAUCGACCUUCCAAAAGCUCCAGCACAUUUUGGUGAAGUUGUUGGACGUCUGAUCUUGUCACGCUGUUUGGGCAUCGGAGUUCUUGAGGAUACCCUAAAGAAAAUGGAGGAUACCUUCUUCCGCUCAGCAGUUUUCAAAGCUGCAACGACCGUCAUUGGAGCACAUUCUUCGGGUCAGGCUAUCUUGAGCUCCCACAUUGCUGAAAUUGAAGCUUGCAGCAAUCUUUUAUCCUUGAAAUAAAUAGCUUAGAAUUUAUCGCAGCUAUCGGUCUCCAGUUUUGCCCUUGAGUUGAGAAAUUAUAAAGCUGCUGUAGUGAGAAGCAACCAUUUGUGAGCUGUAUAUUUGUUUGAGAAGCCAUGGGUGCUUAUUGUUUGGACAGUGAGGAAAUGAAAGAAGGAAAGCCACAAAUUUUGCUCUAAUGUAGCGUUAGGUUGAUUUUCUGUACUACUGCCUGAGAUAAACAAGGUUUUAACGUGACCCUAUUUGUCGUAUUAAUGUCAUUGAUUUUCUUUUUGGCUCA